AUGAUUGGAUACAGAGUUUGGAUCUCUUGCCUCUCUAUUAUAGUACACUUCUUAGCCGCUGUGGUGGCCGUGGGAGACCAAAAUGUACAUGGUGUUGAAAUACAAUCGACCGACCGACUUGUCUUUGCGCACUUUAUGAUCGGCAUCGUCAGUAAUAGAAGGAGUGCCUCCGACUAUGACGAUGAUAUGAAGCGUGCUAAGUCUCUUGGGAUUGAUGCAUUUGCCCUCAACAUUGGCGUGGAUCCUUACACCGACCAGCAACUACAACUUGCGUACGACUCCGCUGCAAAUAAUGAUAUGAAGGUGUUUCUAUCAUUUGACUUCAACUGGUGGCACAUUGAGCAAGCUACUGGGGUUGGCCAAAAGAUUGCCCAGUAUGCUAGCAAGCCCGCACAACUGAUGGUCGAUAAUAAAGUAUUUGUUUCCUCGUUCGCUGGAGAUGGUAUCAACGUUGCAGCUCUGCGAGCAGCAGUGGGAAGAUCAAUUUUCUUUGCACCUAACUUUCAUCCAUCCUAUGGAACAGAUAUUUCGCCGGUAGACGGACUCUUGAACUGGAUGGCAUGGCCAAAUAAUGGAAAUAACAAAGCCCCAACCCCAGGUCAUAAUGUUUCUGUCUCGGACGGAGAUCAUGUCUAUGUCAAUGCUCUUGCUGGUAAGGCCUAUAUCGCACCGGUAUCCCCGUGGUUCUUCACCCAUUUUGGACCCGAAGUCUCCUAUAGCAAGAACUGGAACUUCCCAUCUGACCUCUUAUGGUUUAACCGGUGGAAUGAGAUUCUGACAUUAAAACCACGAUUUAUUGAGAUUAUUACGUGGAAUGACUACGGGGAAUGUCAUUAUAUCGGUCCCUUGAAAUCGCCUCAUACCGACGACGGAGCCUCAAAAUGGGUCAAUGAUAUGCCCCAUGAUGGAUGGUUGGAUAUUUCGAAACCUUACAUUGCUGCGUUCAAAGCAGGCGAAUCAUCUCCCAACACCCAUAUAUCAACAGAUGAACUGGUGUACUGGUAUCGACCAGCACCGCGUGGCGUUGAUUGCGAUUCCACCGACACCUGUAUGGUACCCGCUAACAAUGCAAGUGGAAACUAUUUUAUUGGGCGACCAGAUGGAUGGCAGUCAAUGGCAGAUUCCGUAUUCGUGGUAUCAUUGCUCACAGCCCCGGCUACCAUUCAAGUACCGAUGGGAGUUGGCUCACAAAGCUUUGAAGUUAUUCGCGCUGGGCAAACGAUUCUUUCUGGUAUAAGCUUGAAGCAAAUAAUCAAUGGAUGCGUCUGCGGUCUGUAUAAUUUCAACGCCUACGUGGGAACUCUUCCAUCCGAGUUUAGCGAUCCUUUGCAGCCAGAGGGGCUUUCUGCAUUCAAACAGGGCCUGCGUGUUGAUUGCCAAGCUAGCCCAUCAUUAGGUACUGCACCUCCAGCACCUCCAACUACCUCCCCGCCUUCAACUACUCCUCCACCUUCAACUACCCCUCCCCCUUCAACUCCAAUCACCACUACUUGCCCAGGCACACCAUCGACUGUCAUUAUCACAAUGACAGUUACAAUUACAGAAACCCUGACUCCGUCAUCUUGUCCUCCUUCCCCUCCAGGGGGUGGAAGUGGGAAUGGUAGUGCUUGUAUUGCUGGAACUGGGCCUAAUAAUUAUGUUGGGCUCUGCUCAUUUUGUUGUAAAUAUGGAUACUGUCCUCCAGGCCCUUGCACUUGCACGCAAUAUGGGAACCCAGUCCCACCUCCACCCUCUACAGGCAUCCAUGGAGCUCCUUUGCCUGGUGAGGAUGACUCUUAUCGUGGACUGUGCAGCUUUGCAUGCAGUUAUGGCUACUGCCCUCCUACUGCCUGUAUGGCAGUGUGA